AUGGAGCUUCAGAAAAUUAACGGGCACAGUCGAGAAGACGGCUUUGAUGGGCUGGACGGCAUGGCCGAGCAUGAAGAAUUCCUCCCACAUAAAGCUGGUGCCAAAAAAGAAACACACUUCACAGAUUUCGAAGGAAAGACUUCAUUCGGGAUGUCCAUUUUUAACCUCAGCAACGCCAUUAUGGGCAGCGGAAUUCUGGGAUUGGCCUUUGCCAUGUCCAACACUGGAAUCCUUCUAUUUAUAAUCCUGUUGGUGUUCAUUGCUAUUCUGUCUGCGUACUCAAUCCACCUACUACUGAGAAGUGCAGGAGUUGUUGGCAUCCGAGCGUACGAGCAGCUUGGCAACAGAGCAUUUGGUCCACCGGGGAAAAUUCUGGCGGGUAGCAUCAUCACAGUACACAACAUUGGAGCGAUGUCCAGCUAUCUCUUUAUCGUCAAAUCAGAGCUCCCUCUGGUUAUUCAGGCUUUUCUUGGCAAGCAUGAAAACACUGGAGAGUGGUUCUUGAAUGGCAACUACUUGAUCAUCAUUGUUAGCGCUGCCAUCAUCCUUCCUCUUGCACUCAUGAAACAACUCGGUUAUCUAGGAUAUACAAGCGGCUUCUCUCUUUCAUGUAUGGUGUUUUUCCUUAUUUCGGUGAUCUAUAAGAAAUUCAACAUCUUGUGUCCACUGGAGGACAGUCAUCUGAACGAAACACUCGAUGCUGACAACUACACAAUUACUGAAGAUAUGGAAGAAUUUUGUGAUGCCAAGCUAUUCACCAUUAACUCACAGACGGCGUACACCAUCCCAAUUCUGGCCUUUGCGUUUGUCUGCCACCCUGAAGUUCUGCCCAUUUACACAGAGCUACGCGAUGCCACCAAAAAGCGUAUGCAGAAUGUUGCCAACAUUUCCAUCUUGGCCAUGUUUGUCAUGUACCUGCUAACAGCGCUUUUUGGGUAUCUGACUUUUUUCGGUGCCGUGGAGUCUGAACUUCUGCACACCUACAUCCGUGUAGACCCCCUUGACGUACUGAUCCUUUGUGUGCGCUUGGCCGUGCUCGUGGCCGUCACGCUGACUGUGCCUGUGGUUCUUUUCCCGAUCCGCAGGGCCAUCCUCCAGAUCUUGUGUCCAGACAAGCCGUUCCACUGGGCCAGACAUAUCGCCAUUGCAUUCUUCCUCCUCAUUUUGGUCAACCUGCUUGUCAUCUUCGUGCCCUCCAUCCGAGACAUUUUCGGACUCAUCGGAGCUACCUCAGCCCCUAGCCUCAUCUUUAUCCUGCCCGGAAUCUUCUACAUACGAAUUGUUCCCAAAGAGCAAGAACCUUUGCAGUCCAGACCCAAAAUUCAGGCUGCAUGCUUUGCCGCAUUGGGGUUCAUCUUCAUGGUGGUCAGUUUGUCAUUUAUCUGCAUGGACUGGGCGAGCGGAGAGAAGCGAAGCGGCGGUGGACACUAG